AUGUCAUGUGAUAUGUGUUCUGCCGUGUCAUCUGACCUGUGUUCUGCCGUGUCAUGUGACCUGUGUUCUGCCGUGUCAUGUGACCUGUGUUCUGCCGUGUCAUGUGACCUGUGUCCUGCCGUGUCAUCUGACCUGUGUUCUGCCGUGUCAUGUGACCUGUGUUCUGCCGUGUCAUGUGACGUGUGUUCUGCCGUGUCAUGUGACGUGCGUUCUGCCGUGUCAUGUGACGUGCGUUCUGCCGUGUCAUGUGUCGUGCGUUCUGCCGUGUCAUGUGACAUGUGUUCUGCCGUGUCAUGUGACCUGUGUUCUGCCGUGUCAUGUGACCUGUGUUCUGCCGUGUCAUGUGACGUGUGUUCUGCCGUGUCAUGUGACGUGUGUUCUGCCGUGUCAUGUGACGUGUGUUCUGCCGUGUCAUGUGACGUGUGUCCUGCCGUGUCAUGUGACGUGUGUCCUGCCGUGUCAUGUGACGUGUGUCCUGCCGUGUCAUGUGACGUGUGCUCUGCCGUGUCAUGUGACGUGUGUCCUAACGUGUCAUGUGAGUUGUGUUUUGCCGUGUCAUGUGACGUGUGCUCUGCCGUGUCAUGUGACGUGUGUCCUAACGUGUCAUGUGACGUGUGUCCUGCCGUGUCAUGUGACGUGUGUCCUGCCGUGUCAUGUGACGUGUGUCCUGCCGUGUCAUGUGACGUGUGUCCUGCCGUGUCAUGUGACGUGUGUCCUGCUCCCCAGUGGCUGAUCGGCGACAGGGACGGCCCCUGCGGGGCGGCCUGCUCUCGGACCCAGGGCCGGCCGGUGUGCGGCUCGGACGGGCGGAGCUACGACACCAGCUGUGAGCUGCAGCGGGCGCGCUGCAAGAACCGCACGCUGACACUGGCGCACCGCGGCCGCUGCCGAGGUAAGAGCUGGGUGCGCAUCGACCAGCCCCCCGUGGCCCCGGCACCCAGCCCGGCCCCCAACAGCAGGGACCUGGAGACGAAAGACGGCGGUCAGUCCAAGUGCCGCAUGGAGAGGAGCCAGGCCCUGGGGCAGGCCCAUCGGCCCCAGGAGUCCAUGUUCGUCCCAGAGUGCAACGAGGACGGGAGCUUCGCCCAGGUGCAGUGCCACACGCUGACGGGGUACUGCUGGUGCGCCACCACCGAUGGGAAGCCAGUGAGCGGAUCCUCCGUCCAGAACAAGACCCCCGUGUGCUCAGGGUCGGUCACAGACAGGCCGCCUGGGCCCCCAAGCUCGGGUAGAAAAGAUGACGGCUCCAAGCCCACGCCCACCCUGGAGAGCCACGCCCUCACCGACGGAGACGAGAUCACAGCCCCAACACUGUGGAUAAAACAGCUGGAUAAGAACUGCUCCUUCUCCAGGAGACGACCAGAGAAGGUUCCCUCUUGUGACCAGGAGAGACAGAGCGCCCUAGAAGAAGCCCGCCAGAACCCGCGCGAGGCCAUCUUCAUCCCCGACUGCGGGUCCGCUGGCCUUUACAAGCCCGUCCAGUGCCACCAGUCCACAGGCUACUGCUGGUGUGUACUGGUGGACACGGGACGGCCCAUCCCAGGGACCUCCACCAGUCAACCAGAAACAAUGUAUCAGGCCCCAGAGUGUGACAGCAACGCUCGCUCCCAUGUGUCCGACACGGAGGACCCCUUCCAGGGCCGCGAACUCACAGGCUGCCCCGAAGGGAAGAAGGGGGAAUUCAUUACAAGCCUGUUGGAUGCGCUCACCACAGACAUGGUGCAAGCCAUAAACUCACCAGCCCCAUCUGGUGGUGGGAGGUUUGUGGAGCCGGACCCCAACCACACCCUGGAGGAGAGGGUGGUUCACUGGUACUUCGCCCAGCUGGACAACAACGGCAGCCAGGACAUCAACAAGAAGGAGCUGAAGCCCCUGAAGAGGUACCUGAAGAAGAAGGCCAAGCCCAAGAAGUGCGCCCGCCGCUUCACCGACUACUGCGACCUGAACCGAGACAAGGCCAUCUCCCUGGCCGAGCUCAAGGGCUGCCUGGGGGUCAGCAAGGAGAAUGCGUCGUCAAGCACUGCGAACCAGGGGACAAGACAAGGGACCAACCUGUUCAAGUGCAGGCCGUUCCAAUUGGCUGUCGGGUAACCCAGGGUGACCGUCAUCCCGGCGUCAGCCAGUGGGUCGUCUGGUCUGAUCAGGGAAGCUUCCAGAAGCUGAGGGGAGCAGAGGCCACAGGUGGGAGACAUCUGCACCAGGAGAGAAGACUCAAGGAGAAGACCAGCGAGAGAAGGAGAAGAAAAUAAAAAACAGAAAUAAAAGUAGAUAUCGAAGCGGCACCAAAAUAUUUGCACUUUCGCCUACCAAUGUAUUACUUUUUUUCAUCGCUUCCUUUUCGACCUGUGUUGUGAAGCUAAUUUUACUUUUGUAUGUGAAUAACUCGCCUGCAUAAGACGUGUGGAUUAUGCAGGGCACUUGAAACAAGGACUUACAAUGUGUAUCUUUCUGUCCUUGCUUGUCUCUACUCUGUGGGAUAAAAUUUUAAAUAACGCCAACAGUAAUCAUAUUCAACUUGGGAUGUUAACCAGCAACGGCCAUUACCUUAAAAAACAGAGGGCAGGAUAAAGAUUGGAAGUGAUUGGUGCCAAUCAGAGACAACCUGCGAUAACCAGUUUCACCAGAAGUGGCGCUAUUGCUAGUAUUGGUCUCAACGUGUGUAUAGCAUAGCGUAUCUGUUUGGCAUUUACCGACCACUGAAAAAUAGCUGUCAUAGUGAUUCUAAACGACAUGUUCUUCGACACAGAGAACUACAGUUGCCAUCUAAAGCCCUUUGUCUUUGAUCACAACUUAAAAAAAAAAAAAUUAACAGGAUGGUAGUCCUAUUCUUCUUAAAAAAAUGUUUGUAAGCAAAAAGGAAAUUAAAUCAACGCAAACCCCAGAAACGUUCAAAUAUACUCAAAUACAUCAAUUAGAUAUUGAAACUUGAUAAUAAUACAACAAUAUUGCAACUAUUUAAUAAACACAGAAGUAAAAUCUGAGGCAAAACUGGGUGAAAACACCUCGUCUUCCGAUUGAUCAGAUAUCAACCGUUUCCCUGAGUCAUUCCCCACUUUCAGCAUUUAGCAUGUUCCUGAGUUUGGUUAGCGGCAUUAGGUUCACUGCCAAACACAAAACACUUGACCCCUCCCCAGAGGCGCUGCAGAAUAUAUGUUAUGCCUAUAAACAUGCUCUUCCAACAGCUGGCGUCAAUUUAUUUCAGUAGAAAGAUUUCAGAGCCACCUGAUGCAAUACUGGCGGGAUCGCAACUUUAAUUUUGUCAAAAAUGGAGAUGGUUAAAAAACGGGGAAACUAUAUCCUUCAUUUUUUUAUUACUUUUUAAAAAAGAUUUGUUCACAUUCGAAACGAUUGCCUUUUGUUAAUGCGAAAGAUAUGAGCUUGGUGCGUGUUUUUUAUUUUCUUGUUUGCGAGCAUUUCUUUUUGCGUACAACUUGGCCAGCCCUUAAGAGUCUUCCCGUUGUAAAUAUGUAAAAAAAUAUAUUUUUUGUUUGUUUUUUCAUGUAUUUCACAGGUGGCUUGGGGUUUGUUUACCUUGCAAAAACAGUGCUGUCUGAUCCUCCCUGUCGUAUCAUAUAGAAACAGUGGACAUCCGUAGUAAAACUUUAUGCUUUAUAGGCUAACGUUUGACUUAUCUACAGCUCUAGAAACGGAAGCCGUUGAAUUCUGUGUGUUACCAAGCUAUUGCUUGCCCUAGCCUUCAGGAACUGAAUCGGACUCUGCCUAACGUCACAUAAAAGAAUGGUGUGUAUCAGAGAGUAGUCCUCAGUGGAGAGCAGUCUCCAUCGCUCACCUCUUUCCCGCCAGAACACUGGGCAUGUGUCUGAGUACGUUGAAGUGUUUCCAGACUGCCAGGCUAACCAUCAACAGACCAGAUUGGUGUACAAGCUAACCGACCAGUCAUCACAAUUAAUCAUCCCACUGGGACCUUUAGUGGGACAGAGGGGGGGGGGGGGGGGGGACUUAAAUGUAAUUGCCUCAAUCCGCCAAGAUAUCUCAACAGGCUUACGACCGACCUUGCAAAAUAAUGUACAUGUUUAAAGUUUAUAGACUGGGGGAUGUGAAACCUGACAUUUAUGUAGUCAUGUUAAAAUUGGAUAGUUAUUUUUUUCUUCCCUGUAUAAAGUUGAUGUAGUUUUAAAACAAAUGAUCAAUGUUCAUGUCGGUUGUAAUGUACAUGUUUUCCAUUUGGACGUUUAUCAGUUUGGGCACAGAUUUUGGAGGGCCAGGUCCACUAGCCCCACCUGGUGGUAACGAUGGGUUACUGCUUUUAAAAAUAUAUGAAACACGUUUAUUCAGCACCUUGUAAACCAGAUAUGCUGUAACAAGCAGAGUAACGCCCAUGAUAAGCUUUCAAACGAGCCAACUGAAUUCCAUCAAAUUAAAAUAAAUGUUUUUAAUUAAG